AUGAAAAAUAAAGACACAUGUUUGGAAGAUGGAAAUUCAAGCGACAUGAACACUUUCGGUAUUUCAGACAAGAUUGGGUUUGCCUCAGCUGCUACUACAACCUUCCAAAUAAGUGAGCCUCGAGGCCGAAGAAAGCCAUCAGCAUGCUGUGCUCGCGCAACCCUCACCACCUACCUGCUGCUGCUGACGGCCAGCCAGGGGCUGCUGGCAUAUCAAGUGUUUAAGAUGAAGAGAGAGAUACUGAAAUUUCAAGAGCAACAUGCCCCUAAUACAGAAGAGAUUCUGAAAAGUUCCUUUGCCAACAAGCUGGCUUUGGGGAGAAACUCUACAGAGAUACAUUUGGGACACGAAGAAAACUGGAGGAGAAGCUUAGAAGAGGAAAUCACCAUAAUUAAAAGCAGCAAUGCAAACCUGAUGAUGAUGAUGAACAACAUCAGCCUGGUUGCAGGGCCUCCUGGACGCAAAGGAGAUCCUGGUCCCCCAGGGCUACAGGGGCCACGGGGGACAAAGGGAGACCAAGGAAUCCAAGGCAUACAGGGGCUACAGGGAGCAAAGGGCAGCAAAGGAGAUCCUGGUCCUGCUGGCAGAAGUGGUGAACCAGGAGCCAGAGGAGAAAAAGGAGAGGUGGGGCUUGCAGGUCCCCAAGGACAGAAAGGUGAAAUGGGCAAGAAGGGAGACCCCGGGGCCCCUGGACUGAUGGGUCCCCAAGGAGAGAGGGGAUUGCCAGGAGUGAUGGGUGUCCCUGGUGUCACCGGACCAGCUGGACCCAAGGGCAGUGCCGGCCUGGAGGGCAGACCUGGUCAGAAGGGGGAGAAGGGAGACCAUGGACCCAGUGGUAGCCCAGGAGCACCAGGCGCGGGGGGACUCAGAGGUGAAAAGGGAGACAAAGGAGAAAGAGGCAUUCCAGGCCCACCUGGUCAAAAAGGCAGCAAGGGUGAUUCUGGCAGUCAGGGUCCAAAAGGUGAUCCGGGACCAAAAGGAGCCAAGGGAGAGCGCGGAUAUGCUGGUUCCCCAGGAACAAAAGGGGGCAAAGGUGAAAAAGGAACAGGCUUCAGCAACGUGAUACGAAUCGUGGGAGGGGGCACGAGGGGCCGUGUGGAAAUUUUUAACCAAGGGACCUGGGGAACAAUAUGUGAUGAUGGCUGGGGCCUCGAGGAUGCCACCGUGGCCUGCCGAAUGCUGGGGUACACCCGUGCCAUCUCCGCCUUCACAGCAGCAUCAGGCAGUGGACGAAUUUGGCUUGAUGAUGUGAAUUGCAAAGGGAAUGAACAGUCGAUUUAUGAGUGUGAAAAGCCUGCCUGGGGUGUGAACAACUGCUCCCACAACGAGGAUGCUGGGCUGGAGUGCAUCUAA